UUGCUGGUAGUCCAUUUAAAUGUACAGUUGGAGGUAAUAUUAUUGAUAAUGUUGAUUUGAUGAAAUACGAUCUACAAAGAGUAUUAAAGUAUAGCAAUAGAACUUUUGACUCCACCUUCUACACAGACGUGACAAAUAUCUGAGCAACGAGUUAUCACACACUGCAUAUGAAUAACGCCUCAGUAUAAUCUAUGACCUAUUGUCUUAUUGUAUUUCUAGAGGAUUAAAUAAAAGGAUGAUCAAGAAAUGUGUCCCGAAAUCGAUAGCAUAAAACAAUCUCCUUGGAAUUAGUAACAGUAGCCACAUCAUGUUUAACAUUAUAGUCCUGUAGAGAUUGUGUUAACAGUGGUUUUUUAUUUUGCUCAUUAAAAAUUUAGGAAUUGGAUUUCCAACAAGUCGUGGUGGUGGUGGCGUAACAACGACAUCAUCAUCAUCAUAUGUACAACGUUCAGAUGGAAAACUAACAAGUCACACAAGAUAUGAUACUAUUGAAAGGUCCACGUCAUAUUCAUCAAGUUCAAGAAAUAAUAAUUAUGCUAUUAUUGAUGCAAGUCGAGUACGAGCACAUGGUGAUGGUUUAGUACGAGCUUAUAGAAAUGAAAAAGCAACAUUUACUGUUGAUACACGUGAUAGUGGAGAUGCCAAGUUAAUGGUUGAUGUAUUUGGUCCAAAAUAUCCAUGUGAAGAAGUAUUUAUAAAACAUAUGGGAAAUAAUCAAUAUAAUGUUCAAUAUAUUGUUCGAGAGAAGGGUGAAUAUAUGUUGAUUGUUAAAUGGGGUGAACAACAUAUUCCAGGCUCUCCAUGGCAUAUUGAAGUUGUUUAA